AUGUUUGCUGCCACAGUGGAGGAAAGAAACCAUGAUGAAACCUCUCAGACCAGUGCCAAGCACAACACAAUGCCAAGAUCUAAGGUUAAGAAGAAGGCCCAUCCUGCAAUGGCCAGUGGCACCUCGUCACUGACUUUACCACCACUAUUCCUGGAGCCACCUUCUUUCUCGGCAGGUUUUGUGUGCAAGCCCCUCUCUGGUUGCACACCCAUCCCUCAGAAUCACCGCUCUGACACUCCUUUAUCAGUGGUGGAGCUCCCUCGUCUUAUAGCCAAAGUUGGCCCAGAGAGGGCCAUAAAUAACGCAAAAUGGUUAGAGGGACCUCGUCUGAUGGCCUCAGCAUUAGGCACUGACAUCCCUGUCAAAACUAAUGAGGUGUCAGUUAAGGAGUCAGCAGUACAGAGUCUUGCAGAUAAAGAUGACAGCAAGAAAAUCCCAUGUAAAGACAAAAAAAUUAAGACUGGGAAAGAUGGAAAAGGGGCCAAGCAAAGUAAAGAUCCUCUCACUGGCACAGAAGUGGUUGAAAUCUUUGCUGAGAGACAGCACCUGGGAGAAAUAGAGUUUUACUACCUAAAGGAAGCAGGUGGUGACCAUUACAGACCCUAUGACCUGCGAGUGGUCCAUCCCAGUAAAGCUGGCUCCGAGCACUACAUCUUCAGCCCUUGCACUGUUCUGCAUGUGACAGAGAGGGGAUAUGGUGGACUUGUCACUCUGGAAGAGUGGCACAGAGAGUCUCUGCUGUGGACAGCUUUGCAGAACAUCCCAUUUUUCAGGAACUACAGAGUUAGAAAAGCAUUCAUCAGGUGGCACAUGAAUGUGCGCAGGAUUGUUUUCCAGCACAGGUGUAAGAAUCUGCAGGAUGUGCUGCUUAUAGCCGUGCCUCAGUUCAGAAAUGCGCUUCUUCUGUUUACCAGGUUAAUUGAAGAACUGAAAGGGAUGCACUGGCUGCCUCAGGAUGAAUCAAGGACCUACACACUACUGGAAUUUAAGAGUGUGCUGAAAAGCAACAAUCAGGAGUGUGUGAGAAUUUUUGAGAAGUUAAUACAGUAUCGCACUGCCAUCCUAAAUGAGGUGAGGGAGCAAAGCUAUACAGCACACCAGGAGCUGCAGUUGUGCACUGACUCCUCCAAAAAAACAGAUGAAUACAACCAACCCAUUCACCUUCAGCUGGCUCACCAGCAGGGCCUGAGGAAAGAGCUGGCCCGGGCUGAGGGCGCGCUGCAGAAGCUGGGCAACUUGGCUGCUCUCAUCAAUCAAAUGACUGUGCAGAGCCUUGUCAUGAUCACCCAACAAGACGUCACCUCUUUCCUCAACCAUGUUAUGAAGAGAGGGAAACCUCAGCAGUGCUGUCUUUUCCAAACCAAGCUGAUCUUCAGUGCAGAUGGUCAUCUGACUCUGGACCCACCAGUUCAUCUGUUCCAGGGAGUGGUGAGCGAAGCAAUCCGGACUGUUGGUGACUCUGCAAUUCAGAUGUCUGACAGUUGCGGUUUGUUCCUGGACACAAACAACAGUGGGGCAUCCAGCACCUUCAUCUCUGGUUCUGUGCAGGACUUAACCCCUGACCUCAGCCUCACCACAGGGCAGAGUAAGGAUGACGAUGAGAUGACUGGUGUUAGAGGGUUUUUCUGCAGGGGACAGCUCAGAGACCAAUCAGCUCGCUGGCUUGUGUUUCCAAAGCUGACCCCUCUCAAGCUGCAGGGCCGGAGGCUGCAAGGCUGCUACUAUCCCCUGGACAAGAGUCAGCUGGAGUGGCAGAUGAGCAUCAAUGACAUGUCAAAACAAGUUGAGGAAGAGCAAGCCAAGAUGAUGCAGGAAGCUCAAUCAGAGAUCCAGCACCUGUGUGAUGAGUACAUGUGGUUGGUGGACAUCCAUUCUUUCACUGCCCAGUGGAGCUCAGCCUCUUUGGAAUCCAUUAAGGGGCAGCCUGCUUUAUUCUAUGAGGAACACAUUAAGAAGCUGCGCCACUGGAUUGAAAGGAUCCACACGCUGCCCCCAUCAGUCUCUGCCUGCAACCAACUAUUCAGCAUCAACUGCUCACACAUCCAGGAUGAUCUAGGACGACGGCUGAAAUUCAUCGAGGAAGAAGUGUUAAAACAGCUAGUUGAGCAAAUGAAACGGCACUCAGAGAGCUUAAUAUCACAAAUGAAGAAGGCUACUUCUGAACUCAAGACAGAACCCCUACACUUCCGUGACUUUGCAAAAUAUGCUUCCAAGGUUAGGCAUGGUGAGAAAAUUUUGGCUGACACGCAACACCAUUUAGAGUACGUCCGUUCCCUCCGGCACACCAUUUGCAUUAACUAUAGGAGUAUGACUGAACAGGAGGUGACUUUGGAAGAGCAGAUGCUGAGCUUGUGGGAUUGCUAUGGCCCUGUCUUGAAGCAAGCAGAGGACAUUGUGUGCCAGUGUCUUCCUUCAGCAGCAGAAACAGUGGACCGAAUGUGCUUGUCUUUGGUCUGUGCACUAGACAAAGUGGUUUCAAAUGCGACGUCCGGACCCUUCCUUGACCCUGCGCAGAAUGCUAACGAGAUGUUCUCUAAACUUAACAUCAUGUGUAAGCAGGUGCAUGCCGUAAGUGCAAAGCUGAAAGAGCUCAGUGCAACCAGUGAAAACCUUAGAGGAGAUCCAUUGGAUUUAACUGUUGUGACAAUAGCCAUUCAGAAGAUUGAAGCCCGCAAGGAACUGUGGAAAUUGAAGACUCAGUACUCAACUUGGAUAUAUGAGUGGAGGCAGUUGGUCUUCAGCAAGUUUGUGGUGUCACAAGCUCAAGAGAAAGUUGAUAUGUGGCAGCAGCAGGCUAUAUCUCUGACAAGGACUAUACCUACCCAUGAUGCAGUGCUGCAGGAGACUCUAAGUAUGCUGGAAUCCUUUAGUUGUCAUCUUGCUGUCAUGGACAAACUAUGGAGCCCCACACUGAAAUAUAAACACCGGAGAACCAUAUUCCAAGACAUGGGUCUAAUCUAUGUUCCAGAGAUGACGCUGACUGUUGCUGAGCUGAUGUCUAAACAGCUUGUAAAUUAUGAAAAACAAAUUAACAAGAUGUGCAGAGAAGCAGAGGCAGAAAGGGACAUGGAAGAGGCCUUUCGGAAGCUUCAGCAAGAAUGGGAAGCCAGGCUCUUCCAACUGGAUAAGUUCACUGUCUCUGUGUGGCAUGGAUCGGCACUCACACAAAAACCCUCAGAUGACACAGUUUCAAACCACCAAACUGCUAGUCAGCACUCCAGUGGUGGUGCUACACUCACCGUCAGUGGUCUUGAGAUGCUCCUUGUUGAGACAGAAGACAGUUUGAUGACUCUGAAGAACAUGAUGAUUUCCCCAUACAGUUCUGAGUUCAGAUCUGAGGUGGAAAACUGGAUGCAGUUGUUACAAGAACUUGAUAAACUGCUUGAUCUGUUUGAAAGAUGCCAACAAACAUGGAUCUUCCUGGUCAAGAUGUUUGAUGAAACAUCUAUUAGUUCUCAGAUGGUGGAACUGGUGGAAAGGUUCAAUCCUGUCAGUGAGACAUUCAAGGAGAUAAUUCACUCUAUAUCAAUUGACCCUUAUGUGCUGAACUUUGUUCAUUCCAAGAGGACUGAUGACCAAUUCCAUGGUAAAAGCCUUAGCCUGAUUCUCAUUAAUAGUCUGUCCACAAUGGAGGCUAUUUCCAGCCAAAUGAUGUAUUUCCUGGAUGCACCUCGCUGUGAGUUCCCUAGACUCUGCUUCUUGAGUGACAAGGAAGUUAUUAAACUACUUGCCACGCACCCUACGCCGUCUGCCCUGCUGCCCUUUGUGCGCAAAUGCUUUAAAGGAGUGCGCUGGUUUGAAGUGGACAAUGAAAUGCCAAAUGAUACAACAAAUCUAAACAGAUAUGGGAGUACAUCUAAUACCCACUUUCAGAUGAAGGUGCUGGGGGUGUUUGGCAGCUUCAACGAGCACAUUACCUUUCUUUGUCCGUUAGAAUCAAAUGUCAACUCCUUGGUAUGGCUGAGUGUCUUGGAGAAGGAGUUACAGAAGACCAUGAUACAGCUCAUGAAACAAUGUGGUGCUGAUGCUAAAGGGAGGGGAGAUGUGCUGCCUAUGUUGAAUCUACUGUCUGAAUAUCCUCUUCAAUGUGUGCUAGUGGCUGAGGAAGUGGCAUGGCACAGUGCAGUUCUAAAAGUUUACCAUGCAUCCAGCCCUGUGAGAUGGAGCCAUUUUAAAACAUGCAUCUCUGCAAAACUGAAAAACCUGUGCCAGUCCAUAAGGGAUACAAUCAAAGGCAUCAGUUCUAAAUCUGUGGUUUCUAACCGCAUGAUGAUGUGCCUGCGUGCUUUGGUGCAACUUACAAUGAAACAUGCACAGCAGCUAUCACGGCUCAUGAAGAUACAGAGUGACCUGGAGUCAUCCUUUGAGUGGUUAAGUUUGAUGAAGUAUCAUAUAAAUUUAGACAUUCAGAGUCUGAAUGUUAGUGACCAUCCUGCAUGUUAUGUGGACAUCCUUGGGUAUCAACUCCCAUAUGGUUAUGAGUACUUGGGUCCGGAGGAUUGGAAUAUGACAAAUACCCCCACCACAGACAGGGCAAUACUUGGGAUUCUCCUGGCUCUGACCAGCUACCGAUGUGGGUUUGUGAGUGGACCUUGUAUGUCAGGAAAGAGAAAGACUGUGGUCCAAUUAGGAAGAGCCCUGGGUCGUCAGGUUGUGAUUUUAAAGUGUUGCACGAGCUUGAAUCCUGGUGUUCUCCAGCAGAUGCUGUUUGGUGCCCUCCAGACUGGAGCGUGGCUUAUUCUGGACUCUGUGGACUUGCUAGCACAGGGGGUCCUGUCAUUACUGGGACAGCACCUAGCAGACAUUCACCAGUCCUUCUCUUUACUGAAGAAUAACAAGGAGCAAAGACUGCAUGUGGAGUCAAAGAACAGGGCAAGUGAUGCAUUCAAGGAUUGCAGAAACAGUGCUGACCCAGACUACCAGAUUGUACUUGCAGGGAAAAGUAUUUCUGCUAACCUAAGCUAUGGAUGUGUUAUCAUUUCAUCUAAAGGGCAUGCAGCUGACGUACCAGAAAGUCUGCGUGCAGCAACCAGACCCAUUGCAUUAACCCAUCCAGAUUACAAGAUCAUUGCUGAGGUAAUGCUGGCUUCCUUUGGUUUUUCAGAUGCCAUGUUUUUAGGUCGACGUCUGGUGUCCCUCUUUAGCCUGGCCAAAGAUUCUCUCUGUCUGCCUGAAUUCAUCAGUGAAGCCCAGAACAGCUGGCUUGUUGUAUUAAAAAAUGUCAUCACUAUUGCCAGUAUAUACUUGCAGCAAAUUAUCUGGCAGCAAGAAGUAUUAGUUGAAGAUGAAGUGUUGGCUGAGGAACACAAGGAUCCCAGGUCUCCACCCACUGUGUCUGACAAAGUCCCAGAGCGAGAUGAUGACAAAGUUGCAAAGCCCUCUAGGUCCAUGCACAGCAGUAAAUGUAAUUCCAUUAUACAGGGAAUAAUGGAGGAGAAAGCCAUUAUAAAAUCAGUUUUAUAUGUCAUAUUACCUGCUAUUCGUGAGCCCAAGAAAGCUUCCCUAUUCCACACCAUUUUCAAGGAAACAUUCCCUCUGGCGAGCCAAUUUCCUUCUCUCCAGCAAUAUAUUGAGGAGGAGGAACAGAACCUGCUUAAAGAUGCAGUUACAGAAGAGCUAAAGAAAACAGGGUUUCACUCUGACACACAAAUCAUUUGCAGUGCCCUCACACUCUACCAGGCCUUCAAAUUCUCACAGGCAGUUCUGCUUAUAGGUCCCUCAGGGAGUGGAAAGACAACUUGUUACCGUGCUCUGGCUGGGGCAGUUUGUAGUCUGGCUGCCCGGGCAACAGAAGAUGUAUUUGAUCACGACAGUACAACAAAAGGAGACACCCCACAGAAAGAGCCUCACAUUAUUAUUUCAACCUGGAGCUCUGUUGACACUUUGGUAAUAUUUCCCAAUGCCAUGUCCCAUGAGGAGGUCUUUGGGGGCUUCUGUAAAGAGAGAGGGUGGCAGGAUGGAACUAUUACAAAAGUGCUGAAAAAUUCAGAGCGAUGCAGAAAUAAGAGUAAAAAUAAGACUCCAAAAGAGAGGUGGCUGGUGAUGGACGGAGAGCCUCUGGGGCAGCCUGGCUGGUUGGACCACUUCACUACACUCUGCUGUCCUGAGGGUUCAUCUCUGUGCCUGUCUUCUGGCAAAAGACCUUUCCAAUCAGAGCUAAAGUUACUGGUGGAGAUUACAGACCUCAGUGAUGCAAGCCCUUCUGCAGUGUCCCGUUGCAACCUUGUAUAUUUCACUGGAAAUGAUCUGUGGAAGUCUGUGUGGAGAAGUGAAAUGGAAGCUCUUUCUAGUGAACACACAGUGAAUCCAGAAACCUUGAAGAUGUGGAGCCGUCUAGCUGAGGAUCUUUUCUGCAGAACACUCAGUUUGCUUAGUCACAAUGCUCUAAUCUCUGCAGUGCACAUUGAUGUGUAUGGACUGCAAGAAAUCAUGUCAUUCAUUAGGAUCCUAAAUGCCCUCCUAGAGCAUUUUGGGAAGGAGGAGGCAGAAGCUACAUUGAAACCGGCAGACAAAACAGAUAUGCCUCAACAUGGAGCCCACAUGCCAGACACAGCUGCCAAAAUUGCUUCCACUCAGCAAGAGCUGCAGGCCAGGAACAUUUUUCUGGUGGCCUAUAUUUGGGGAUUUGGGGGACACUUGCAUCCUCGCCACUGGCCACAAUUUGACGUGCUAGCCCGGCAGUUGCUGUCUGAUAGCCGAGACAGAGUUGAGAUUCCAGGUGAAGGAACCGUGUUCGAGCACUUUUUUAAUAUCAGCGACAUGCAUUUUUCCAGGAGUAAGAACACACAGUGGGCCAAUCCUAAAAUUCCCAAGUAUGAGAAAUACAGUUACCUUCUGGACCUCAUGUUAGAGGCCAAUCAACCAGUGUUGCUCGCCGGAGAGGCUGGCUCGGGGAAAACCACUCUGUGCAAGUCCUUGCUGAGUUAUCAAAGGCCACACAUUACCCUGCCUGUCAGUCGACUCCUGAACUCCCAGGUCCUGCGCAGUGUUCUGGAUAACUUGGGCUGCUGGAGAAGCUGUCAACCUGCCAUGGAUGCCAGGAACAAACCAUUGAGUCUGUUUCUGUUUGUGGAUGAUUUGCAUGAAGCCCCCUGUGAUGUCUUUGGGAAGACGUCAGAAGCUCUAGAGACACUACGACAAAGUAUUUCAAAAGGAGGGAUUCUAACAUUCAAUACCUAUCAUUUCAAGUUAUUGAACUCAGGAAACAUCAGUUACAUGGCUACCUGCCGUACCUUUGGUCUGAGUAAUCACAGCAAUAAUGUGAUAUCCUCCCGCCUCUCCCGCCUGUUCUCCAUCUUUGUCCUGCCCAGUGUGUCUGCUGAAGUUCUGUUCUCUAUGCACUCUCCUUGGCUAAAACUCUGGCUCAAAAAAAUACCAUUUGUGCCGAAUUAUGUGGAUAUGGCAAGUUGUAUUAUCAGUGCAACUCAACAUCUGUAUCAUGCAGUUUGUGAACAGUUCCAGCCUACUUUUCAAAGACCACAUUUUGUAUUCUCCCACCAUGAUUUACAGAAGGUGUUUCAGGGCAUGUGCCUAUGGCAGCCUCACAACCAAAACACACAGCUACUUCAGGAGAAUGCCAGCCCCACAACAAAUCUUUCCAAGCCUGCAGUAACAGGCUUUUCCCCAGCCAAACCACAGCCUGCAGCUAGUGUACUUAAAAUAGCCCAUCUAUGGAUGCACGAAUGCCUGCGGACCUUUGGUGAUAGGCUGUGCUCACAGGAUGAAAGCACAACUCUGGUGUCACUGAUAACCAAGGUAUCAAUAACAUACUAUGGAAGUAAAUUAGUUGGUAAUCCCCAGCCUGUCAAUUUAGAAGGCCCUCCCAUGACCUUUUCACUUCCCACAGAAACAGCAGACACUCCUAAGCCAACCAGUGAGAGCCCAGGUACACCAAACAGAGAGCUGAGUUGUGGGCCCUCACCCUCACAUUUGUCUACCAAAAAUGCUGUGCCUCUGACAUCCCCAAAAGAAGAAGAGGAAUACUCCAGAAUGUCCGAUAGACCAAACAGCUCAGGCUCUAGCCCCUUUUCUAGCCCCAUUUCCACCCCUGAAAAUGAAGACACACGAAGUGUGAAGAAUGAAGUAAAGACAGUGGUGAAUAAUAAUAAAUUGACCCUACAAGAUGUGAGCUCGUGCAGAGUCUUACCCCCUUCUCCACCAAAAGAGCCUAAACCAGGCAGCUGGUCAGAAUGGAAGAGAGACCAUAAGUUGACUGAACCAUCCCUGCAGACUGAUGGCUCCCCCGUCCUGCCAUCACAGCUUCUUCAGCACACAGGGGAAACCAUGGAUAUGCUUGUAUAUGGUCCUGAACUCUCUGAGUCAGUCACCUCAAUGGAUGAGCAACACAAUUUCAAAUGUAGCUCUAAUUAUGAGGAGCAAGACCUGGAUCUACUUGUGCGGCAGCUGUCUGCUACUGUGAACCAGAAAGGGGAAGACAUAGAGACUGAUGAUAACUACAACAUUACAUUCAGUUACAUUGUACACAGACAGAGGAUGUGUCAGCUUUUGCAUAUCCUCAGGGCUUUGCUCAUACCUGGAGGUCACGGAGUCCUGUUUGGGUCAGCUAGAGGCACAGGUCGUAAAACCACCGUGCGUUUGGCUGCCUCUCUUAUGGGCUACCAGUUGAUGGAGAUACAUCCUGGUAAUGAAAAUAAGUUGCAUGAAAUCCUAAAGGAGGCUGGAACUCAAACUAGAGUGAAAGGCACUAAUGUCAUAAUACUGGCUCAUGAGAAAAUCAGCCAGUCUGUCAGAGAGGAACUACUGGUGGCAAUGGCCCAUCGAACAUGCCCAGGACUCUAUUCAGAUGAUGAGCUGACAAGCUUCAUCCCCAAAAUUAAUGCUCUGAGAAACUCAAGAAGACCUCACAUGGACAAUCAGAUCCUCGAGAAGUACUUGAGCCACUUCCACAGAAAUGUCCAUGUGUUCCUGUUGCUGCCUCUCACCAUGUCAGACAGUACUGACAUACCUGACAAAAACACACUGGGCUGGAAUGCACACAUAACAAAGGCCUUGAGCCUCAGCUGCUGUGUGGAGGUGUACCAGGCUUGGUCGAGACAGUCUCUAAUGGAAGCUGCUGCUCACUGCUUCAAUACCAAUCAUCACAAACCUGAGUCAGACAGCCAAAACGGCUUAGAGGCCAGCCUGGCCCUGGCUAUGGCAUGCAUCCAUCAGUCUGCAUGUAGAUAUGCUUCUGUCAUUCUAAGAGCAGAGCCUUUCAGCCCUGAGACAUAUAUGGAGUUCAUUGCUCUCUUCUUUUACCUCUUCAACCACCUCCAUAAGCAGGGACUGAGCGAGGCCAACAGAGUUGCAGCUGUCCUUGCUAGAUUGGAUGUGAUGACCAACACAGCUGCACAGUACAAACAGGACUGCAAACAACUGCAAGAAACAGUUGCAGACACACAGCAGUGUAAGGAAGAGCUCCUUAAAGCUGUGGAUGCUGAGCGAAGGUUUCUUGAGGAAGCUCGACAGAAUUGUGUUAUAGAGGAGAACAAGCUGAACGAGCUGGAAGAGAGAAUUUGUCAUAGUCAGCACCAGGUGACUACUUUGUUUCUGUCAGGCCUUAAAAUUCUUGAGUGCCUAAGUGCAGCUGACCUGGAGGAGGUGCGCCACUACAGGGAUCCACCUGAUGGGGUGGUUAAAAUCAUGGAUGCCAUUUGCCUACUUUUCAAUCAUCCACCCAGCUGGGAGAGUGCUAAACAGCUUCUUGGGCAAUCCAACUUACUCCAGGAGUUUGAGUUCUUUGAUCGCCACAGGCUGACUAAUCACCAGCUGCAGCAGCUGGGCCAAAUAAUUGACAGCCCUCAGUUUGUGCCAGAAUCUGUGCGAGAAGUAAGCAAAGCCUGUGAGUCCCUGUGCCGAUGGGUACGGGCAGUGUAUGAGUGCUCCUGCUUGGAACGCUACAUGUUCUCCCGGGAAGCCAGUAAGGAGCACUUGGAGGCGCAAGCUGUGGAUGUGCGUAGCUCUCUGCACUUUGCCAGGCUGCAGGAGGAGCUGGUGGGCCAGCUUCUAGAGGACAAGAAGCUCCAGCUCCAGUUUGUCCAGGAGAUGCUGGAGGAGCUGCUGAUAAACCUGCAUAGAGCUGAGAGCUUAGACAGACAGGCUGAUGUUGCUGUCAGUCAAAUGAAGAGACAUAUCACAGACUGGAAGGCUGCUGCUAAGGAGGCAGAGUUGAAUAACCAAACUGCACCAGGAGAUGCUCUUAUCCUCGCUGCAAGCAUUGCUUAUUUGGGUCCUUUUGGACCUGACAUACGCACAGAACUAUUGCACAAGUGGAGGGUGCUAUGUCAGACAGGAAGCAUUAACAUGAACCCUGAGGACCCCAGAACCUCCUUGUUUACAGACUCUGAGCCUGCACCCCCUGACUGCCCUCCCAGUGUUUCCAUCCCUGUGGCUGAGAAGCUUCAGUCAGCCAUGGCUCGGGCAGUAGGUGUGGACCAGUGGCAGGUCCAGGACAUAAAUGCCAGGGUGGUGGUGAAGCUGCUGCUGUGGGGUUACAGAAGUCCCUGUGUUCAGCGCUGGCCUCUGCUGGCAAAUGCCCAGCAUCAUGCAGUGCUCAGCUCUCAGAGUUGGCUUAUUACAGGAAGGAAUACCAAGCUUGGAAAUGAAACUGAUUAUGGAGUGGUGGUUUGUGCUGAUGACCCAGAGCUACUGGACAAGUUGGACCAGGCAGCUGAGAUAGGUUUGAGGGUGCUGGUAACUCACGUGGAGCGUGCCGUCCCCAGUCCACAGUUUCUGAGCAGAUUGGUUUGCCCUUCUGCAAGUUUUCUCCCAGAAUUCAUACAGCCUGUCCAGCCCACCCACCCAGAGUUCUGCCUCUUCCUCAGCACCCAUCUGCCUGUCCAGCUGCUUAACAGUGAAAUCCACCCAUCCAUCUUGGCUCAGGUGCGAGUGGUUGACCUCUCUCUAAGCUCAGCGGAGAUCCAGGAGCUGAUGCUGACACAGCUGCUGCAGGCUGAGUGCAUGGAGCUGCUGAUUCAGCACUCACUGGUCCAGAAUGACAAGCAAUUACUGCAGGACAAACUGGUCAAAGAGGAGGCCUCUCUAAUGGACUACAUCCAUCAGUCCAUCACCCCACUGCUGCAGGACUCUGAUUUUCUCCCUCGCGUGGUUGUUUGUCAGGAAACAAUGAAGAAUUUGGAGGAUGGGAUCCAGCUGCUGAAUGUGGAGCUGGAGCACCAAAAGGCCUGGCUGGCUGGGUUCAGCGGAGUAGCAAAGCUGGCUGCUGAUCUCUAUCAGGCCCUAGAGGAGGUGGCCCGAGUCUCCCCUGUCUACUUCUUCUCCUUGAGUGGCUUCAUUGCAGUAAUGCGCACAGCCUUCUUUGUGCAGUGCAGGCCAGAUAUGUCCUGUAUCCGUCUGAAAGUGCCAGACUGUAUAAUAUCAGAAAUCACUCAUAGAAUGAUAACUACCCUACUGGCCCAGUACCGGCCUUGCCUCUUCCAGAACCAUGCCACCCUUCUGAAGCUGCGAGUGUCUGUGGCUCUGCUCCAGUACAACAAGCUCUGCUCUGAGGCUGAGAGGAUGGCCUUUCUCAGAGGCCUCCAAGACAUUGAUUUCCCUUUAUUUGAAGUCAGACCCUACUCCCCUUCUCCCACCAUCCCACAUCCCGUCACAUCCCAGCAUGCUCUGCCUAGCUGGAUAUCCCCUCAUGUCCACCCAGAGCUCCUGUGUUUGGAGAAGAUCCCAGCCUUCAGAGGGCUGAUUGCCUCAUUGGCAACCUCCCCCGAACAGUGGCAGGAGUACCUGCGCUUCCCCUCCUCCACUGUGGCAGGGUCCGUUCCCUGUUGUUCUCACUCCCAUCUGUCUUUGCUGCAGCGGGCCAUCCUCUGGAAGACCAUGGUACCUGACUGCCUAGAGGGAGUGGCUGAAGCCAUGGCUGCCUGCCACCUUGGCCUUUCUGGGCAGACAGCAGGGCCUGAGGUUCCUCACAUGGGGAACCCAGAGGCCCUCUCCCAGCUCCUUGUCAGGCAUGAAGGACCCAUCAUUAUUACGUUGCCCAGUCCAGGCACAGAGAAGUGGACAAGCAUACAGCCGUUUCACUUGAUACAACAACUGACUCACUACCACACAGACACGAAGGGGUUUCAGGUGAAAGUUAUUUCAUUUGGAGCUACUUUUGAGAACGAGGUAAUCCUCUCAGCACUGGACAGUGCUGUUGAAGAAGGCCAUUGGCUGGUUUUUAACAACUGCCACCUGUUGGAACAAUGGGAUGAUAAAGUUUUGUUUCAUCUCAAUCGGCUGACCUCCUCUUCAAAAGCAGCACCAUGCACAAGUAUCCAGGUUCACCCACGCUUCCGACUGUGGUUUAUAACUCGAGGAUAUACACCACGUUCCAUACCUGUCGCAGUGCGAAUGUGUGCCCUGCCUCUGGUCUGUGACUCCCCCUGGGAUGUGAAGGAGGAGCUGAGCUGCUCUCUGCAGCAGGUGGUGUCCCUCUUCCAGUCUGAAUCGCUGUUGGACGUAAUGUCUGAUGACAUGGAGCCCCUCCUCCGCUGUGCCAUCUUGCACUCUGUUUUACUGCAAAGACAGAGAUACAUGUUUUUAGGCCAGGGGAACAUCUAUCGCUGGACUCAGGAAGACCUGCUGACUUUGGUUGAUGCACACAUUCGCAUUGUGAGUCUCUGCCAUAACAAGACCAAAGCUCUUGAGUACAUAGCAGUCAAUCUGGUGCAUGGUGGCCAUGUGUCAGACUCUGCAGACAUGGAGGUGAUGAAGAGUGUUGCCGAGGUCUGCCUCAGUGCGUUGUCACACCUCUGGGGGAGUGGGCCACAUGUCCUCUCUGAUGUCAUCAGCAACCCUGGCCACUUGGAUUUGUCAGGACUACUACAGGUCCUGAAACACCGUGUUCAGGGCUUAGGUGACAUCAGUGACCCCCUGGUUCUGGGCUUCAGUGCUAGCCUGGCAGCCAAGAUAGUCAAAAUCAAUGGCCACUUGCUGAACAUGCUACUGCAGGAUUCUCAGUCACCUCUUGGAAAAGUCAGGCGCUCCAGCAGUGAGCUGAAGCACCCUGCCACACUGCCAGAUUACUGCCAGGCUAGAGAGAGACUGCAGGCUCUCAAGAGUUUCCUCGCACACAAGAAUGAAAGUGCACUCGUGAAUGCAGGAGCCGAUUCUCACGGGCCCCUACGGGACUUCCUCCUGGCUGAGUGGGAUGAUCUCAUUGAUUUGGUGUCCUCGCUCCUUUCACAGCUUCAUCAGCCCAUGGAGUGCACUACACCAGCCUUCACCUCCCUCCUCAGGCUCACUAACCUGUCACGCUUGGAGAGGAGCGCAGAGCUGCUCAGUGCUUAUCUCAGUGAUGACACAACUACAGAUCCACCAGCUGCCUACCGACUCUCUGCUUUCAGAAAUGCCAGAGGCUUUCUGGUGGCAGUGAAGAGAGAGGCUGCUCGGGUGAAACACAGAUAUCUCAGUGAUAUUGCUCUGCAUUUCCAGGUUCUGAAUGGUGUUACAUUACCGGCCUCUCCUUCUCCGAGCUGUGUGUAUUUGUGUGGCCUGGAGCUGAGAGGGGCACUGUGGGAUACACAGCUUGGAGCCCUGCAGGACACACUCUCUCCCCUGCCAUGCUCACUGCCCCUGCUUUGUGUCAGGGCUCAUGCUAUGAGCACGGAUACCUCGUGGUGUAAAACCUCACGGUUGAAAAAUGCUGACACUCUGAAAGACUCAGGUCCUCCUCCGUCUAGUGACCCUGAAUUACCAGUAUACCAGUGUCCACUUUAUCUGGAUGGAGAGUGGGAGAGUGGAGACUGGGGACUGGCCGAUGCUAACAUCAUCACCAGGGUUCCUCUUCUUGCUAAGAUAAAUCUUGCAUUGUGUAGCUUGAGAAGGGUGAGGCUAGUGAGUACUCUCUGA